AUGCCCGGGCAGGAGGUGCGAAUCCGCAAACACCUGCAAGCCAAAGUGCGUCCCAACACCAAGAGCCGGCUCCCGGGACCGCUCCAGCCGGUCGGGCUUCCGCAGACGCAUGCGCCGCCCUUUGCCCCGCCCUCGGAGGGGCCGGUAAGGGGCGGGGCGUCGACGAGAGCCAAUCAGGGGCCGGGCUCGGCCGCCUCCUGGGACUCCGGAACUUUGGAGCUUGGGGGCUGCGGGGAGGUGGGGACCGCUGGAAGUGCUGGCGUGAGCGCUUGUGAGUGCGCUGCCCGGCUCGCCUGCUCCCGGAGCGGCGGGUGCUGGCUUCUCCGUCCGCAUUUGGUCUCCGCGCGCUCCUCCUGGGCGCCGGCGCUCGGCGUCCUGGCUGCCUGGGACGUCACUUUCCGGGCGGCGGCCUGGCUGCUCCUGGGGGUGGCGGCUGGGCUAGCCAGCACACUUGCCACGACCCCGACCCCGACCCGGACCCCGACCCAGACCCCGACCCCGACCCCGACCGACGCAGGUACAAAUGCCACUUGUCCUGAAAUUAUUUUGAGACAAGAAGUUUUGAAAGAUGGUUUUCAUAGAGACCUCUUAAUAAAAGUGAAAUUUGGAGAGAGCAUUGAGAACUUCCAGGCGUGCCGACUCUUACUCAGACAACUCAUCCCUGCCGGACUCCUUGUGGAUCCAUACGAGUUGGCUUCAUUGGAAGAAAAAAACUUAACAGAGUCAGUGAUUACUUCAGAAGAUAAUAAUAUAGAGGCUCCCAGUUAUUUAUCCAAAGAACUGGAAGUUCUCAUGUAUGCCAGACAAGAUCCAAAGUGCGUUGACUGUUUCCAGGCUUUUAUACCUGUGCACUAUCGCUACCAUCGGCCUCACAGUGGGGAUGGAGAGACCUUUGUUGUGAUCAAUAAUCCUGAUUUAUUGAUGCAUUGUGACCAAGAAUUUCCGAUUUUGAAAUGCUGGAGUCAGUCACAAGUGGCAGCUCCUUGUACUUUGAAGAGUAAGGAUAUCUGCCUAUGGAACAAUAUGAAAUAUAAAUCAGUGUCCAGCAACGUGACUCUCCAGGUUCCGGUCGGGCUGACUGUCCACACCUCCUUAGUGUGUGCUGGCACUCUGCUCGUCACUUUCCUGUGUUCCACUUUGAUCCUUGUGGCUGUUUUCAAAUAUGGAGAUUUUUCAUCAUUAUAAGAUUUAUGUAUUAUGUAAACCUAAAUAAGACCUAUGGCGUUCGCCUUACAAGCGGCCAACAUGGCCGACCCGAGUUCGAUUCCUCCGCCCCUCUCGGAGAGCCCA